AUGAAAUUGCUCACAAUCUCCAGGGCGGAUCAAGUCGCUGAGCAUCCAAGCAUGUCGUGGUCCUUCUACGUGAACCACUACCAAAACGAGACUCAAGCACGAAGAGAUUCCAAAUAUGCAUACAGGCUAUCCAACGGCACUUUGUGGUCUGGCCUCAAUCCUCCCGAGGGUGCCGAGCCACUCGGCAUAUUGUAUCCUCGAGGCGCGACCCUUGGUGGUUCUGCUCAGCUGAAUGCUAUGAACUUUGCUCUUCCACCUGAUAACGAUUGGGAUGCUAUAGCUGAGCUAACUGGCGACGAUUCUUGGAGGUCCGACAAGAUGAGAGAGCUGUUCAUCGAUAUUGAGAACUGCACUUAUGCUCCAGAGGGGAGUCCCGGCCACGGCUUCGGCGGAUUUGUUCAGAGCAAUCGUAAUAACAUCUCUUAUAUUACUGAUCGCCCUGGCGUCGUGAAAUCUCUGAAGCGCGCUAUUGAGCAAACCGAGGGCAUUCAAGUCCAUGAUGCCGCUGAAGUUGGCAGGCUCAUGCAACGAGACAUCAACAGACUGGACAAGGAUCGAUACUCGCCCGGCGUCUACCAGAUUCCCCUCCAUAUUGACAGCCUUCGACAGCGCAAUGGCGCAUGGCGUUAUCUACACGAGACAAUGAUGUCUAGAACAGCAAAUGACUCUGCUCGGUAUCCUUUGACUGUCAGCACUCAUUCUCUGGCUACCCGCGUUCUCUUUAAAGAUGGUCGGAAUGGUAAGCCUCAGGCGUAUGCAGUCGAGUAUCUUAAGGGUGAAGGGCUGUACUCUGCUGAUGAACGCUACGAUGAGUCCGAAUCUGGUCGUUUACGCAACGUCACCGCAUCAAGAGAAGUCAUCAUCGCGGGUGGUGCUUUCAAUACGCCCCAGAUCCUGAAGCUGAGUGGUAUUGGUCCUCGGGAGGAGCUCGAGAGUCUUGAAAUUCCUGUCAUCGUGGAUCUUCCCGCAGUGGGCAAAUAUCUACAAGACAACUACGAAGGUGGCGUAACCGUUGAAGCCUCUGUACCAUGGGAGAACAAUCCCUUUGCGAACUGUCCCUUCACACUCCAAGCCAACGAUACAUGUUAUCAAGAAUGGAACCAGUCUCAUACUGGUGCUUACGGCGAAGGCGCAGCUCCAAUUUCACUUCUCUACAGGUCUAGCGUCAGCGAAACAAAUGACGCAGACUUGUACCUCUUUGGAGCAGCUGGCACAGUAUUUCGCGGAUAUUUCCCAGGGUACUCUACUUGGCAAGCUCCCCCAACAUCAUGGUUCUGGUCCAUCGUCAAAAUGCAGCCAGGCAACCAAGCCGGGACUAUCACUCUCCGCUCAAAGGAUCCUCGGCAAGCACCAGAGAUCAACUUCAACUACUUCGCUGAGAAGGGAGACCGUGAUCUUCAGGCUAUACAGGAGGGUGUCGAGCAUACCAUGCGUAUCUUCAACGCCACUGGUGAACCCUAUACCCCAUUCAAAGUUGUUGAGCCUCGACCUGGCGUGAGUAUCCGACAGGGUAUCAUGGAUGAUGCGUUUAGUCACCAUGCCACUUCGUCUUGUCGCUUGGGACCGGCAGGGGAUAGGGACUACUGCGUUGACUCGGAGUUCAAGGUCAAUGGCGUUGAUGGGCUUCGUGUUGUGGAUGCAUCGAUCUUCCCACGUACACCGGGAGGAUUCCCUGCUGCGCCGACGUUUAUGAUCAGUCAGAAGGCCUUUGGAGUGAUCCUUAGGAGUAUCAGGGGAUAG